AUUUUUUUACGAAGUCUGAUCGAGUGAAUGAGAAGAAAUUUUCCCAACGUUUGAUACUAGUUCUUUGUUUACUCUGACGUAUCGGCCUCACUUCACCUCAUUCACUGAGAGUCUGGCCUACCCUCCCUCCAGGCAAAAUGCAGAUCCCGUUGCUUCGUCUCCAAUGUGGCGUGAACAGCUAUGAAUGGGGCAAGAUUGGUCAACAGUCGGCUGCUGCAAAAUAUGCGGCCACUACAGCUGCUCCUGACUUCGCGAUAGAGUCGGAGAAGCCUUAUGCAGAGCUGUGGAUGGGCACCCAUCCUUCCCUCCCCUCCAAAGAUGUCGAAACCCAGCGGACCCUGCUCGAUUUGGUUCAAGAUAACCAGGCUUUGCUGUCCACGGAGAUCAGCGAGAGAUAUGGUGGAAAGCUCCCGUUCCUGUUCAAGGUGCUGUCGGUACAGAAGGCUCUCAGCAUCCAGGCCCACCCCAACAAGAAGCUUGCAGAGAAGCUUCAUGCUAGAGAUUCUCGGAACUACCCUGAUGACAACCACAAGCCCGAGAUGACCAUCGCUAUUACACCGUUCGAAGGACUCUGCGGCUUCCGUCCCUUGGCUGAAAUCGUCCAUUUCCUCAACGCCGUAGCACCUCUCCGCCAGCUGGUGGGUUCGCAGGCGGCCGACGAAUUUGAGCGUGCGGUUAAAGGCUCCGAGGAUUCUGAGGACCCCACGGUGGCCAAGAAGAACAAGGAUGCACUGAAAGCACUUUUCACCGUGCUGAUGCAAUCUACUCCCGAGAACAUUGAGACAGCCACGAAAGAUCUCGUUGCAGCUGCGGAAAGCUCCCCGGACUCCUUUGCUACUUCGGCCAGCUCGCCUGAUACAAACCCUAGCGACCCUGCAGAGAUGGCUGCUCUCGUCACUCGCCUCAACGGGCAGUUCCCUAACGACAUUGGGUCUUUUGUGUUCUUCUUCCUUAACUUUGUCAAGCUUGAGCCCGGUGAAGCCAUGUUUCUCAAAGCCGAUGAUAUUCACGCAUACAUCUCCGGAGACAUCAUCGAGUGCAUGGCGUCGUCCGACAACGUUGUGCGAGCAGGAUUCACGCCCAAAUUCAAGGAUGUGGAUACACUCACAGAUAUGCUGACAUACUCAUACGCACCCAUUGAUGAGCAGAAGUUGGAGCCAACCGACUAUCCGUUUGCCGUCCUCAAUGCCCCCGCGUACUCCAGUGCCUCAUCUUGCGUUCUGUACGACCCACCGAUCGAGGAAUUCAGUGUUGUGAAGACGGAUCUGAGACGGACUAAAGCCAAGGCAACAUUCGAGGGUAUUGCAGGCCCAAGCAUCUUGAUUUGUACUAGUGGUGAGGGCAAGAUUACUGUCGGAACCAAAACCGAAGAGGUCAAGGAGGGAUAUGUGUUCUUCAUCGGAGCCACUGCCGAGUGUGCCAUUGAGCGAACCGGAGAGGGAGAGGGCGACGAGAAUGUAUUUACUACCUUCAAAGCGUUCUGCGACUUGACGGGAAAGGAGGAUAUGGUGAAUGGGAACUAGGUUCAAAUUCCAUCGAAGCAAGGUUAUAAUUGCGAAAUUGCUAUACAACGAGCAGCUGAUACUACAAUCAAGACAUUCCUUUGUUCACGGGAUGACCUGCACAGGUCUACAAUGAGUUAAAAAAACACAAUUUGAGUAUAAUUUCAGUAUUGGAAUGCAGUAAGCAGGGUGGUGGCUAUAUAAAACAACCGCCGAGGCACUCCUCACCGACAGGG